AUGCAAGGUGGAGAUGAUUCUCCCGGCUAUGGAGAAUCGGGAUUUGGCGCAUUUUCGUCUUCCCAACCGUGGAGAUCGAGUCCGACCCCCCCUCCAACGAACCUGUGGAGUCCACAAUCGCCGCCGCCGUGGCAACAGACACCCCAACUCCGGGGUCAGUCCUCCUCUCAGCCGCAGAGGAACGUGGGUCGUCCCCAAUCGGGGUUCGGCGACUACCGGCCCAAUAUGGACGCGAUCAACAACCCUUCUCAGCAAUUCCAAUCCUCCCAAUUCCAAUACACCCAAUCCCCUCUAUCUGAAUCUGAUAGAUUCACGUGGGAACAGUUGAUGGGAACACCACCAGACACCCCGGUGUCCGGUACUCAAGGCGGCCGCGGGCGAAAUCAAGGCGUUGGGGGGCGAAACGGCGGCGGAGGUGGGCGAAAUGGCGGAAAUGGUGGGGGGCGAAGCGGCGGCGGUGGUCGAAGCGCCGGCCGCCGAGGAGAGCAAGGCACCGGAGGAGGUGGCGGCCGAAGUGGUCGGCGAGGCGGCGGACGCGGCGGCGGUGACGGUGGCAGCGGCGGCGAUGGCGAUGGCGGUGGCGGUGGCGGUCGAAGCCGGCGGUCGACCUACUAUAGCAAUGAAGAAUCCAUUGCUGUAGCCAGAGCCUGGUAUGCGGUCACGACCGAUUCUAUAGUCGGUACGGAUCAGACCGACGUUUGCUUUUGGAAUCGCGUUCUCGAUGUGUACAACGAAUUCAAACCAGAUGGGAGCGUCGAGCGUACAGCUAGCCAGGUCCGGAAGAAGUUCGGAAGGAUUACUAAAGCGUUGAAGAGGUUCAGUGGCAUAUACGAGACCCAACUCCGCCUUGCUGAGAGCGGCCGCACCGAAGCCGACGUACGAGCGUUGUCGUAUCGGUUGUUCAAUACUGAAUCGUGGCCGAAGUUUACCUACUGGGACGAAUACCUCGUUCUGCGUGACUGCCCGAAAUUCAGAGUCCUCAUCGACAAAGAUCUUGUCUCUGCGCCGAAGCGGACUAGACUGGGCGUCGCCCGCAACUACAGCAGUAGCAGUGACUCACGCGCCUUCGACCUGAACGAUGAUGCUUCGGAGGAGGAGCCCCCCUCCAGACUCUCUCGGCGCCCACGUCCGCAGGGCCAGCGUGCCGCAAUCCGGGAAUCUAGAACCGGCUCUCAGUUCUCCGCUGCGACCUCUACAGCAAUGCCCUCAACACCGCGGGCGGCUUUGGCUCAUACCCUAGAGGUGCAGAUGAUGAAGCAACUUCAGGAUAAUUUGGCCUUGUACGAGAAGUCAACUGAUCCGGAGACCAGGAGAUUCUACUACGACCUCAUUAUUCGACUGAGGUCGAAGUUGGGAUGGUCCGAAGGGUCGCAGUCGGGCGGUGCCAGCGGUAGUGGGGUCGGUGCAAGUGGCAGUGGCGGCGGUGGAGGCGGUGCCGAUGAUGUGAUGGAUGACGAUGACGACACCGAGUAG